AAUUAAGAUGGCCGAUGAUUAGAGAUGAAAACAAGGACGCUUCUGAUGUGAUUAGUGUGGCUCUAGAUCUAGUUUCUUUUUGAUUACUAAACAUUCUAUUUUAUUAUUUUAUAAUCAUUUUCUAGAGUUUAUUUGUCUAAGUUACAGCAACUGGUGUCAGAUAGUGGGAUCCUCAACGAAAGGGGAGAGGAAGGCCCAUGUACAAGAUAUUGAACGAUUCCAUUUUCUGAUAAAUAUCUGGUUGUCAUGUACUACUUAUAAUAAGACACGGCUUCUCAGAUAACAGCAGAAAGAAAUAUGAUACUGACUUCUUUAAAAUAGAAGUCUCUCGUUCAACCCCUCAGUGAUCAGUCUAAUGGAGAGUUAGUUGCUGAAACUUCGGAGCGAUACACUCUGAUUUUACAAAGAGAUCACGUGACUCACUACAAACGAAUCAUCAAAUGAUCAUCUUUAUCUUUAUAUUAUUAUCAUCUGUCCAUUAACGUCCAUCGUUGGGCCGCUGCGACAGUUUACGUAACCAAAUCCUUCAACAUUUCCCGGUCACCAGCUGUUCAUAGCAGGAUAUCAAGAGAGAGGCCGGUCCAGUCUUUGAUGUUGUCCAGCCAGCUUUAGGAUGGAUUCUGUGGUCAACUACACACAACUUUGUAACAAGUCUCUUAAUCUCAACGUCUCGUCAAGUUCGUGUGCAAGAGAACUGCCCACCAAUGGUGACACAGAAAUCCUCGGUUACUAUGAUUCUCUUAUAUUUCUCAUCGUCAACCGGAUAGCUCUCACUACUGUGCUAGGCAUGACGGGAACGGCGUCCAACGUCCUCAAUAUGUGUGUGUUUCUGAAACAAGGUCUACACGUCACGAUAAACAUUAAUUUCUUCGCGGUGGCCGUUGUCGAUCUGGUCAAAUCAAUCAACUAUUUGUGGAUGACCGUGUGUGUGAACCCUAAUAUCGAUACUUUGGACGUGCCCUUUGUAUUUGGCGAUAUCUUAUAUUUAGUGAACGGAUGGAUUAGCGCAAGCCUUUCAAAAGUAUCGAUAUUUAUCACAGGAUUUAUGACCGUCCACAGGUAUAUGUCUGUAUUGAAACCUUUGACAGUCAAGAGAAUGUUCACCCCUCUGAGAACAUCUGUCGUUCUAUUUUUCAUCUUUCUACUGAAUGGUAUUAUAGUUAUACCGCUCUGUUUGUCUUUCUAUAUGGAAUACAGAUUCUACCCGAGAAAAAAUCGCACGAUGUUAGGGCUUGUCAUUAGAAGCAAUAGCGAAGAAACCCAGGCGAUGGUAUUUACUAUACAUGCAGUCCUCUACGACACCUCUCUUACAAUGGUCAUUAUAUUUACAGUACUGCUUAUAGUCCAACUAAACCAACAGUCCAGAUGGAGACAGAAUACGAUGACCAAGAACCAGCACCAAGCAAUUUCCAAGAAGGACAAGAAGUUGUCAAAACUUGUCUCCCUUUUAGCGGUACUUCAAAAUGUGUUUUUCUUUCCCACUGUCUUGGUGUCAAUCUUCACAGCUAUCAGGCCAGAUUUUAGCGUCUCUGGGAAGCAGGCAAAUUUAUUUCAAGCCGUCUGGUCAUUUCUGUUUUUGUUUGGUACUUGCGGCGCGAAUGUGAAUGUAUUUAUUUAUUACAAUAUGAGCUCUCAGUAUAGGAAGAUAUUUCAAAGUAUGUUGUGUUUUAGUCGAAAAGUUUAGUAAUAA